CUGUUUUACAGAGGCAGUGAAGUAUUUGAACAACUGGACUCUGUGGUUGAGCAACUCGAUGCUGCCGUUUGAGCAAUUCAGUUUGGGAAAGGAGACCAAAUCCUCUUACCUGGAACCUUUGCCUUCUGGUCUCGGACACCUCUGCCACAGGGAAAGGUUUCUCACCAUCCACCCUAUCUACACCUCUCCUAGUUCUGUGCACCACCUGCUUGGGAGAUAGUUUUCCAACUCUCCCAGCUUUCUCGGGAUCUGUGGGAGUGUUUCUCUGUCUCUGUCUCUGUCUCUCUUUCUCUCCCGGCAGUAGGAGGAGGCUGUGGCGGUGGACAAAAACUUUGAGACCACAUGGGCAUACCGGAUGUGUAACGUGGAGCUCCCCAACCAGGACUGGCUGCGCAGCGGAUUCAUCCGGCAGGGAGAGGCUCGGCUGGUCUAUGUGGAUCUGAGGUUCUCCGUGCGGGACUGCAGGUCCUUUCAGGGGGCCGCCGGCUUCUGCAGGGAGACCUUCACCCUCUACCACCGCCAGUCAGACUCCGAGGGGGCCGUCUCAGCCUCUAGCACCAAGGAACUGAGGGUGGCGUACGCCAAGGUGCUGGAGGUGGGCGCCGAUCACGUCUUCACCCUGGAGGGGGAGCGGCCAGGUCAACAGGGCCACGAUGCUGCCCGUCCUGCUGAGUUCCUCCAGUAUUUUGUGUGUUGCUCUCAGUUCCAUCCCAGGCCAAUGACAGCGAGCUACACAUCAUGAAGCUCUGUUGGAGAGAGGAGAGGAUCUCGGAGCUCAGGGUCCUGGCAGCUGAAGGGACAGACCCCCAACGGUGAGGGGAUUAAAUCCGGGGAUGAUCAAGAAGCCAGAUCAAUGAAAACACUUUGUAACGGAAGUAUUAAAAUAUCACGCUUUAUCCAUUAAAAAUGUUCACAAAGAGACCACGUAGGGUUCACAGAGAACGAGAAGAUGCUUGGGGUGGGGUGCGGACUGGGGGAGGGAGUGGGGGGGGAGGGGUCCCUGUCCGAUGAGUUGUGGUAAUUGGGGAGGCCAAGAGAUGGGGAGCGCCCCGGGGUGUUCCUGACAGUACCCUCCCUCAAAAUCCUGGGCAUCCCUACUGGAUUCACUGGUGGGUGACACCACCCCUGCCCCAACUGCAGUUCGUGGGAUCUUGCUGUGUGCAGGAUAGAGGCCCUCAAUAUCAACAAAGCAAAAGAGCUUGUCAUUGACUUCACGAAAGGGGGCGGUGUACAUGCACCUGUCAACAUCAAUGGUGCUGAGGUCAAGAGGGUUGAGAGCUUCAAGUUCCUGGGAGUGAACAUCACCAACAGCCUGUCCUGGUCAAAUCACGUAGAUGCCACGGCCAAGAAAGCUCACCAGUGCCUCUACUUCCUCAGGAGGCUGAAGAAAUUUGGUUUGUCCCCUUUGACCCUCACCAACUUUUACUGAUGCCCCAUAGAAAGCAUCCUAUCAGGAUGUAUCACAGCUUGG